UCUAUCGCAUAGCCUCGCUGCUCCUCCAUGAGCUCACGGUCGCCGUCACGCACCAUCAGCAGGUCCGGUAUUCGCGCAUCAUCCCGCACCGGCAGGCUCGGGCCGACCGGAACCUCGCUCGCCACUGUGACGUUCGGCUCAUCGGCGAAGUGAAUCGCAAGCGAAGUCAGGACGGAGGUUUCGUAGAGGUAGAGCCAGUUCUGCAUGUCUUCUCGCGGCGGAUACUCGGGAAAGCGUUCGAGCUUGCCCGCUCCCUUUGAGAGUGAAGUCGUUUUGCUGGUCAUCGCGGACCUCUCCGA